AUGUCCGGCGCCGAGGGCACACAUGCAAACACAGGCGGCUUCGACCUGCUGAAGCGGGCGACACAGGCCAUGAUGUCAGGCUCUAGUCAUACCCGUUCCCCCAUUCGACAAACGGAGCCUCUAUGGCCUAUGGCCUCCUCCCUCAACAUCCUCAACAUCUGCCUGGUCAAAGCUUCAGCGUUAGCUCGCCUCUCGCCUCUAUCCGGUCCGAGAUGUGUGACGCCUUACCCAUUUGCUUGA